AUGAAGCCCUCAGUACAUUCUCUCAAUUCAAGUGAAUUUGGUGCCAAAGAAAUCACAGUAGAAUUCAUCAUUGUGAAAGAAUCGCAUGAUGGCUCAUCAGUCAAAUCUAGAGAAUCAUUCCGGGUAAAACGUGGGGAAGUGUUGUGGGAUCGUUCGAAAGAUAGCACAUGGAGGCGUUUGCUUAGGAGCAUAGGCAUCAGGUUAUCUUGGACGGUAAAAGAUAACCUGAUUCAACUCGUAUCUCGCAUUGCUUAUUCAUUGCCUGGUGAAGCCGACCAUAUAUUUGUGUGCCUUCUUUCAUCUGAACUGACCCAUUGUGUCAAGUUUAACGUCACGAGUGGAAUCCAUGUUGAUGAAGAUAAGGAGGUCUCGUGGGAUUUCGUAGAAAACCCUUUUAAUCAUGUCUUACAAGCCUGCAAACCACCAAUUCCAUGCUUGAAGAAAGUGAAAAUUGAGAAGGACAAUAUGGGUUCUAAUGAAGACUUGUGUUGUGCAAUUUGCUUACAAGACUUCUCUGUUGGAUCUGAAGCUGCUACCACUACUUGCUCUCAUCUGUGCAACUAUAUUAAAAGGAACAAGUUGGUCAAGAGGAACCUUGAGGCCAACUUCGGCAAUUCCAUUCCAAACGCAUAA